UCUCACCUUAUCGACAAAAUCAAGCUGAAAAACCAAUAAAGAGAAAAAACAAAAGUCAUUUUAGUCUUCAUUGAUAACAGAGGAGAGAGAGAGAGAAGAAGAAGCUUCACAAUCGCAACAAUGGCGGAGACGAAGCCAUUUCUCAAACUUCUUCCUCUUCUUCUUCUUCUUCUGCUUCACUUCCCUUUCUCAUUCUCUACCAUACCUCUCGGCUCUGUUAUUUUCGCCUCCGGUUCCAACCAGAAUUGGCCAUCUCCAAAUUCCACUUUCUCCGUCUCCUUUGUUCCAGGUUCUUCCCCUAAUUCAUUCCUCUCCGCCGUUUCUUUCGCCGGAAACGUUCCGAUAUGGUCAGCGGGAACCGUUGACUCGCAAGGAUCUCUUCGACUUCUCAAAUCCGGCUCUCUCCGUCUUACCAACGGCUCCGGAACCACAGUCUGGGAUUCCGGUACAGAUCGUCUCGGUGUUACUUCCGGUUCGAUUGAAGAUACCGGUGAAUUUAUUCUCCGCAACAACCGAAGCGUUCCGGUUUGGUCUUCCUUCGAUAAUCCAACGGAUACAAUCGCAGAAUUUCACCGUCGGUGGAACACUAGCACGAUUUACUGGAAUCUUGGUCUUAAUUCUUCGAUUAGCUCGAAUCUAACGUCUCCUAGCUUAGGUUUAGUAUUACGGACUAAUGGAGUUGUGUCGAUCUUCGAUUCGAAUCUUCGUGGCGGAGUUGACACCGUUUACAGUGGCGAUUACGGUGAUAGCGAUACUUUUAGGUUUUUGAAGUUAGAUGAUGAUGGAAAUUUGAGAAUUUACAGUUCUGCGAGUAGAAACAGUGGGCCUGUGAAUGCUCAUUGGUCUGCUGUUGAUCAGUGCCUUGUUUAUGGAUAUUGUGGGAACUUUGGGAUAUGUAGUUACAACGGUACUAAUCCGAUUUGCUCAUGUCCGUCUCGUAACUUUGAUUUUGUUGAUGUAAAUGAUAGAAGAAAGGGAUGCAAAAGAAAAGUGGAGCUAAGUGAUUGCUCUGGUAACACAACUAUGCUUGAUUUGCCUCACACAAGGUUAUUCACUUACGAAAACGAUCUUAAAUCAUAGAAUCAUCUAAAGCUCUAGCAUUCAAGCUUAAAUAGUAUAUCUUAAAUCAAAAGUUUGAUUUCUUCCACGUCUACUAUACCAUGUUGUCCAACUACAUUUGAAUAUAUUGCAUGGUUUUCA